AUGACUUUCCUUGUUCCUGUUGCCUUGCUUUCAUUAUUCACCCUUCUACUUGUGUAUGCGCACGGACUUUUCAGAGGCUCUCUCCUACUUCCACCUGGUCCUACGCCAGUCCCCCUCCUCGGCAAUAUCCACCAACUUCCUAAAAAUGAGAUAUGGAAGGCCCUAAGGGCGUGGGGUGUGCAGUAUGGCGAUGUGGUCUUUGCUCGAUUCCUUGGCACACGCGUGCUCGUCGUCAAUUCCUUACAGGCAGCUCAAGAUCUAAUGGACAAGAAGAGCUCGAUCUAUUCUGACAGACCAAGGUUCACCUUACAUGUCGAAUUGAUGGGGCUCCACUCCAUGACCUCUCAUAUGCGGUACGGUGAACGCUUCCGCAAGCAACGCCGGUGGAUCCACAAUGCCGUGCAAGAUAAGGACGCGGUCAGGACCUUCCGUCCGAUGAGACAGCGAGAGACGUACAUACUCCUGUCGAACCUGAUCGAGAGGCCCGACGACUAUGUCACACACAUGGAGCAGUUCAUGGGAGCCUUGGUCAUGGAAGUAGCCUACGGGCAUACCGUUCGGUCGUCCGACGACAAGUAUGUGCAGAUUGUUCGGCAGGCGACCACCGCAGUAUCAGAUGUCGGAAGCAGUAGAGAUGAAGUGAGGGAUGGGACCGCAGUACCAGUGGCCUGUAGGCAAACAUUCACAUGUGAUUCGGGGAGCCGUUCCAGACACGCACCAAUGCACUCUUCACCAUGUCAUAUGGCACGUCCAGCAGCUUUCGUACUAGAAUACGCACCGCAGCUGCCUCCCUUUGGAAGCUAUCACCAGGCAUCCAGGAAGGCAGGAACUUCACUACGAUCUCUCGUCAGCGGCACUGAUUCGGCAAGAGUACUAUGUGGCUUACAUGCAGGGAAGAAGUCCACGAACAUCGCGGCCGGGGAGCAGGCAAUCAGUGAGGGUAAACUUACGGAUGAAGAGGAAGAGGAUAUCAAGGGUACCGCAGGUGUCUUGUUCGGAGCGGGGACUGAAACGACAGUUACCACACUCUCAGUGUUCUUUUUAACUAUGGUGCUUCACCCGGAAGUCUACAAGAAGGCGCAAGAAGAAGUGGACCGGGUAGUCGGACGCGGGCGUCUUCCGGAUUUCGACGAUCGCGACUCCCUACCAUAUCUAGAAUGUGUCUUGAAAGAGGUCUAUCGGUGGAACGUUCCACUUCCUCUCGGUAUUCCCCAUCAGCUGAUGCACGACGACGAAUAUUCUGGAUAUCACAUCCCAGGGGACACGAUGGUUUUCCCGAAUAUAUGGGCGAUGUCACAAGAUCCAAAAUUCUACCCAGAUCCUGAGAGGUUCCGUCCGGAACGGUUUGAGGAAAUGGACGCGAAUGCGGCGGAGUUAAGGGACCCGUGGCAUAUCAUCUUCGGAUUUGGUCGACGAAUCUGUUCUGGCCGUCGAUUCGCGGAUGAGGCAAUAUGGAUUGCCAUAGCGAACAUUGUAGCAACCCUAAACAUUUCUAAGGCUCGAGAUGCCCACGGCGAAGACAUCACGCCUCCACUGGCCUUCAGUGGUGGAUUCAGCAACUGUCCUGCACCGUUCCGAUGUUCGAUUUUACCACGAUCUAAGGCGGCUGUGGACUUGGUGUCGCAAAUGCGGGCAAAUGUUGCUGCCUGA